CCGAUGUCAACAAGUGGCGGCACGUAGCACCUGUGGUGGUGGGCUCUGGUGGCACCACCCACCCUCGUAUUUGUCUCCGCUCCGAUUGCCUUAGAGCAUGCAAGGCACAUAUGCGGCAUUUGCAAGCUGGUUGGGACGGCGUUGCCUGGAGUUGGCGCGCCCAGGCCCCACCACGAAGUUUACGUCUGCAUGGUGCCCACUCUGUGAAAGUUAAUGCGGCUAAGGUUUCGAUAUCAUCAGGUGCGCACUAUCAGAAACUACUGCGGCGAUUGGGAAAAGAAAUACUUGGGGAGCCACUUUGUGUCGCGGUCAAGCCUCAGUUGUAAAACGGGUGUAACUGACAAUCCCUGGACUCCAGGGCUGAUCCCUUCAGGUACUAGCACACCCCGAUAGCAAAUCGCUGGUGACAGCACACGGCCGUGCCGGAUAACUGUGGACAGGCCCAGACGCCCAUCUUGCUAGGUCCCCGCAUCCAUAAUAACGAUCGGCG